AUGGCUUCCGCAGACGAGCUCAAGGCUCUCGGCAACAAGGCCAUUGCCGAGAAGAACUUUGACGAGGCUGUCGCCAAGUUCACCGAGGCCAUUGCCCUCCAGCCCGACAACCACAUCCUCUACAGCAACCGAUCCGCCGCUUACGCCUCCAAGAAGGACUGGGAACACGCCCUCGAAGAUGCAAACAAGACGACCGAGAUCAAGCCCGACUGGCCCAAGGGAUGGGGACGCAAGGGAACUGCCUACUACGGUCUUGGUGACCUCCUCGCCGCCAACGAUGCUUACGAGGAGGGCCUCAAGGUCGACCCCAACAAUGCCGGUCUCAAGAAGGAUCUCGCCGCUGUGCAGAAGGCCAUGAAGGCAGAGGCUGGUGGUGACGCCGGCGACCCGGGUCUCGGCCUCGGCAACAUGUUCAACGACCCUCAGCUCCUCCAGAAGCUCGCCGCCAACCCCAAGACGAGCUCCUUCCUCUCCGACCCCUCAUUCAUGGCCAGGCUGCAACAAAUGAAGGAGAACCCCAAGGGCUCCCCCGAUCUCUUCAGCGACCCCCGCAUGCUCCAGGUCCUUGGCGUCCUCAUGGGCGUUGACAUGCAAAUGGGUAUGCCCGACGACAUGCCCGGCGCUUCCAAGGACACCGAGAUGCCCGAUGCCCCUGCCCAGCCGAAGCCCGCUGCCCCCAAGAAGGCCCCCACUCCCGAGCCCGCGCCCGAGCCCGAACCGGAAGACGAGGAGGCUAUCGAGAAGAGAAAGGCUAAGGAGGCUGCCGACAAGGAGAAGGCCCUGGGUACCGAGAACUACAAGAAGCGCAACUUCGACGAAGCCAUCGCGCAUUACAGCAAGGCCUGGGAGCUGCACAAGGACAUCACCUACCUGAACAACCUGGGUGCCGCAUACUUCGAGAAGGGCGACUACGAGAAGUGCAUCGAGGCGUGCAACAAGGCCGUUGAGGAGGGUCGUGCCAUCUACGCCGACUUCAAGAUGGUUGCCAAGUCCUACGCUCGCAUCGGUUCUGCGUACGAGAAGCAGGGCAACCUCGAGGCCGCGAUCGAGAACUACAAGAAGUCGCUCACUGAGCACCGUACGCCUGACGUCACCAGCAAGCUGCGUGCCGCCGAGCGCAACAAGGUUGAGCAGGCUCGUCUCGCCUACCUUGACCCGGCCAAGGCCGAGGAGGCGCGUGAGGAGGGUAACAAGAAGUUCAAGGAGAGUGACUGGCCGGGCGCUGUGGCUGCCUACAGCGAGAUGAUCAAGCGUGCCCCCGACGACCCGAGAGGCUACAGCAACCGUGCCGCCGCUUUCGUCAAGCUGCUCGAAUUCCCCAGUGCCGUCGAGGACUGCAACACUGCCAUCAAGAAGGACCCCACCUUCAUCCGCGCUUACAUUCGCAAGGCGCAGGCCUUCCACGGCAUGCGUGAAUACUCCAAGUGUGUCGAUGCCUGCACCGAGGCCGCUAAGGUCGACCUUGAGCACCACAACGGUGCCAACGCUCGUGAGAUCGAGCAGCAGCAACAGAAGGCCUUCAACGCCAUGUACUCCGCACGCGAGAACGAGACGGAGGACCAGACAAGGGAACGUCUGGCGCGCGACCCCGAGAUCAUGAGCAUCAUGCAAGACCCCAUCAUGCAGUCUAUCCUCCAGCAAGCGCAGUCGGACCCGGCGGCGCUGACGGAGCAUAUGAAGAACCCCGAAAUCAGGUCGAAGAUCCAGAAGCUGGUAGCAGCGGGAGUUAUCCGUGUCGACACAGCAACCCACGUCCGACAACUCAUCUCCUCCCUCCCUUCCGUCCUCCGCUCCGUAGACGAGGACAGCCGCACAGUUCUGCACCACGCCGCCCGCCUAGGCCGCCAUGAAAUCGUCAACGCCAUCCUUGCCACGACCCCCGAGGCCGACGUCGACAUCCAGGACGCGGACAAAUGCACACCGCUCCACCUAGCCUGCCGCAACGGCCACAUCGCUGUCGUCCGCGCGCUCCUCGCCCGAGGCGCGAACGUCCGCGCCGAGGAGAGCUUCCACGAGACGCCGCUGCACGAAGCCAGCAGGAACGGCCACGCCGACAUCGCAAAGGUUUUGAUCGAGAACGGGGCCGUCGUCGACGCGCCCAACCAGGAUUGCGGGACGGCGCUGCAUGUCGCUUCGAGGCGCGGCUGGGAGAGCGUCAUCAAGGUGUUGUUGGAAUCCGGCGCAAACCCAGCUACGAGGGACGCCGUGGGCGACACGCCUCUCCACGACGCCGCGCGGGGCGGGCACUCGGGCGUGGUGAUGCUCCUCCUCGAGACGGGCCUCGUGUCUAUCGAGGCGCAGAACACGAACGAUUUCACGCCCCUCAGCGUCGCGGCUCGCCACGGCCGCGAGGCCAUCGUCAGGAUGCUGGUCGAGCAGGGCGCGGACGUCGAUAGCAUGUCGAGCGAGUACUGCACGCCCCUCCACCAGGCCGCCUCCGAGGGCCACGACGGCGUCGUGAGGAUCCUCAUCGCGGCGGGCGCGGACGUGGAUCUGCAGGACAAGGACGACCAGACGCCGCUCCACGCGGGGGUCAUGUUCGAGCACGAGGCCGUCGUGGCGAGCCUGCUCGCCGCGGACGCGGACGUGAACCUGAGGGACACGGAGGACUGCACGCCGCUGCACCACGCCGUCAAGAACGAGAACAAGGUGAUGGUGCGGGACCUGCUGGAGGCCGGGGCGGAUCCGACGGUGAUCAGCUCGACGGGGGAGACGCCGCAGUCGCUCGCGAAGCUGCUCAACAGGAACUCGAUCGCGGAUCUUUUCAACGCGCCGCAGGUCGUUCCGAAGCAGUCGGUCCUCUCGAACUUCAGGCCCAAGAGGUGCAGGCCGCCGAGCAAGCCGAACCAGGAGCCCGAGAUCGACGCGUGUCGGCACUUCAAGGGGUUGUUCUGGUGUCCUACGUCGGACUGCAGCUUCGAUAGUCUGAGUAUGUGGGACAUGCUGUACGACCCGGAGGCGGAGCUGAGGUUGACGCCGAGGCCUGUGCCGACGAGUCCGUCGCCGGUGAAGACGCUCGCGAGGAGUCCUGCGCAGAGUCCGGUCGUCAGUCCGGCUAGGAGCCCUGUUGUUUCGCAGAAGGGAAGUCCCGCGACGAGCCCGCCUCGGUCGCCGUUGUUGUCGCCCCCGAGUGGUGCUGGGACGGCGGGCGGUACGGCUGGUGGGUUGACGAUGAAGGAGAUGAGGAAGUCUCAGCAGAGGAGGAAGAGCUCGUAUACUUCGAGAGUCAAGGACGAGAAGCCGAUCAAGAGGUGGUUCCACCUGCCCGCGAACAACGUCGCGUGGGUCAUGGAUCUGGUGCAGAGGAUCUGCGCGAUGGAUCAUCGCACCGACGGGGAGUGUAACCAGAUCAUGGCCUUCAUCGAGGAGACGUUCCACGAGAUGAGGACCGGGGAGUUUUACCGGCGGCCGCAUUUCAAACUCGAGGAUGCUGCUUCGGCGGAGGUCGUCCAUCCCGGGCUUGGGGUGCUGGGUGUCGGGCUCGGCCCGACGACACCACCCGCCGGGACCGCGGCGACGCCGCGGACGAGGAUGUUCUCGAUGGUGCUGCCGGUAAUCGACGUCGACAUCGAUGAGGGCACGAAGAAGAGCCUGCAGGAUGUGCAGAUCGGGGACGAGACUAGGUUACUGAGGCCUUUGGAGAUGAUCGGCGGCGGCGGAAACGAUAGACGCGGGGCUCCCCCGGGGGCACCAAGACGGCAUCCUCUCAGCGCGAUGCCGACGAAUCUUCAACACUACUUGUUUCCUCACCUCGCGCACUUCGACGCCCUGGCCAAGUUGCGAGCCAGCUUCACCAAGUCGGAAUACCACGUCCCGAGGCCGCUGGACCAGUCAUACCACGAGGCCCUCAGUGCGGCGGACCUCGCCCUACGCAACGACUCACAAGUCUUGUUUCGCUACCUCAGACGCGUCGAGGGGAGGUUGGCGGCCCGGGAUGGCGUCGGCGAGGACGAGCCGGAGAUCAGCCCGCCGCCGCUGAUCGAGGACACGAAACCGUCGACGCAGCAGAGUCCGUUCGAGAGGCACACGCAGAGGACGUUCUCGCGACAGGCGAGCUCGAAGCAGAAGAAGACGGACGGGACGAAGGCGGAGCUGGGGAGGAUGGCAGGGCGGCAGGACCAGGCGUCGAGCGUGCAGGCCAAGAUUUCGAAGGAGCGGAAGAGGAUGGAUGCGGAGAGGCGGAAGCAGAUUCUGUGUGUUUCUCAGCUUUGGGUCUGGAGGAUUGAUGAGAACACGAUCAUCAGCGCGUUCCCGGAUCGAUGGGACAACAAGAACGCCAAGACGCUUCUGAACAGCAUCAAGCAUCGCGUCCUGGGUAUCAGGGAUCUCCGGUCCGAGGACACGGACAUGAUGCGGAUCGUGGAGAGUAUCCUGGAGAGCGCGGUGGCGUACAGCGAGGAGGAGUUCCACUUCCAGUUCGAGGGGCCGAAGAGCUACUGCAACGUCUUCGCCGCGUCCAUCGCCCACGUAUCCAACGAGGCGAUGAAGCGGUACGCGGAGUUCAAGGCGUCGAUCAAGGGGAUGGGGACCUCCAAGACGGUCCUGGACGACCUGCGCGCCGAGAUCGAGCUGCUGCAGGAGAUCGACGACAUACGCGAGGAAAUCAACAUGAUCAAGCGCGUGCUGCGGUCGCAGGAGCGGGUGUUUGGGGACUUUCGCAGGGCCGAGGUCGGGGAGAUGGGCAGGGAGGAGAAGGAGGGAGCCAAGGGGGUGUUUAAGCAUCCCACGCUGGACUUUUUCAACCGGAUUGAGGAGGACGCGAAUCGUGUGCGAGAUUCGAUUACCACGUUGCUGGACUUGAGGCAGCGCGAGGCGAACAUUGAAGAGGCGUUGUCGGCUAGCGAGCAGUCUAAGAUCCUGUUCAUCUUCACCGGGGCUACUGUUGUCUUUGCGCCUCUGUCCUGGGCAACGGGCAUUUUCGAAGUCAGCAUCGAGGGCCUCGCGAGUCCGACCACAGCGGGAACUUUGAUUCUCGCAUGUUUCUUGAGUCUGUUCGGCACCCUGCUGCUGUGCGGCAUAUCCCUAAAGAUUUACGAGUUCAUCACGCUGGGCAAGGCGAAGCAGGUAUAUUCCAACUUUUGGACAUUCGUCGAGGUCAGGAAGAGGGACAAGGCUGCGGCGGUGUCGAGCUCGCCGCCUUCGUCUCUUGAUGCGUCGACGCAGCUUAGUCGGCAGCGGCGGUCGUCUUUGUCUCAGCCUGUUGCGACGACUGCUGUUGCUGAGAGGAAGAGCGUGAGGAGACGGUUGGCGGUUUUGAGGCCCAGGCGGAGGGGUAGGGACGAGGAGAAGGGUGUUUCUGGGAAGUGA